AACUGCGUCCUAUUCUCUAAACCUCCACACUCUGAUUUGCUUGUCUACGCACUAUAGCCACUCACUUUUACCUUUUUACUAUUUCCCAGUUGCAUAUUUAUAUCAUGCUGAUUUCUAUUGAAUUCUGUAAAAUUUGCGAUCGAAAAAGUCAGGGAAUCCAUUUUGGGGUGCCCAGUUGUAGAGCAUGUGCGGCGUUUUUUCGAAGGAGAGCCGGCUCGGAUCUUGUUGAAAAAUCAUGUAUGAACAAAAAAUGCGGAAAGGAAUUCUUUUUGUGCAAGCCAUGCCGUUUGGUACGAUGCUAUGCAGUUGGAAUGGAUGAAAAAAAAUUCCAAUUCGACCGUGACGCAUUGGCGUCUACCGUUCUCCUAAACACAAUUCCAAAAAGUUUUGACAAAUUUGUGGGCCGACCACAAUUUGUGCAUUUCUGUGAUCCAAGUGCUCCGUCUACAUCGAAAUUUAUCGAUGUGAGACUUCUUGUCGAAAAAGGAGAGAAUAUUCUGAAAAGUGGACCCAGCUGGACCCCGCAUAUGAAUAAGGGGCCACUUUUUAAAUUGGCAAAUUUUCACAACGUUUUUACAAAAAUGCCGGUUAAUAUGGCGACUAACAACGUAUUUUCGCGUGGAGAUUGCUCCGACUGCUGGGAGUACUAUUUUCUCACAACUGCCACGUGGCUCACCAACUUUGACGAGUUUCAAAAAUUGGAGCAUCCUGUGAAAAUGAAGAUCCUUUUCGCGAUUUGGCACAUGUGGGGGAGGAUGGACAAGCUAGCGUGUACCGCGUUGGCUAGACGAAGACAGCAGCUCUCAGCAAAGUCAGAAAUCGCGCAGAGUAAUGGGCUCUUUUUGGAUGUGGACACCCUGGCGUUGGAUGUUUCCUGGAUUUCUGAAUUCAAGCUGGAAGAGGUGGAAUUUUUUAUCGACGGUUUCCGUAACUGGGAUCUCAUGGAGCUCGUGCAAGUGUUCGUCGAACUAGACCCCACACCCAUCGAGCUUAACUACAUGCUUGCGCAAAUGAGCUUCUACUACGCUGGCAACCGAUUUCAAGGAGAAAUCCUCGAGAUUAUGGACCGAUUCCAACAGAUAUUGUCGGAUGAUCUGCACAAGUAUUAUGUGAAUGAGCGGCACACUAGCAACUACUCGGGGAGACUGAGCCGGCUGCUCAAGAUCAAUAACGCCGUGCAGAGCAGCGUGCGGAAGCGACGGCCGAAGACAGAUAUCGCGAAAACUCUGAACAUUUUUACCGCUGAAUUUUCGCAUCCGGAAAUGUUUUUUGAUACUGGUUUUUGAAAAUAAAAUAUUUUUAAUUGAUAAUUUAAA